GUACUGAAAAUAGAACGCGUUCCUAGUAGCGACCGAAGAGCGAUGGGCGCACGCGACAGAGUUUGACUUCCCACGCGCGAGUCCUUCGCCCUAGAAGCGACCCACAGCUGGGUUCCGUAAGCCUCGCGUCUGACUGACCCCUGGUGGACUCCGCAACGGUUCAGGUAUAGCCAGUAUAGCCGUGGAUCGGUGACAUCGUGGCUAACGAUGGCGAAAAACACACUGUCUUCGCGAUUCAGAAAGGUGGACAUAGACGAGUUCGAUGACAACAAAUUUGUGGACGACCACGACGAGGCAGCGGAGCAGCAAGGUCCAGACACGACAGAGGUCGAUGACCUCAUCAGACAAGGGAAAAUGAUGUCUGCUUUUCGUGCUGUGUUGCGGAAUCCUCCAAUCAACAGCAAGAGCCCAGCAAUAAAGGAGAGGGCUCAGCUGGUGGUGAUGAAGGUGCUCACUUCCUUCAGAAGCAGUGACAUCGAGCCUGCGGUCAAAUCCUUGGACAGGGACGGCGUUGACCUGCUCAUGAAGUACAUCUACAGGGGCUUCGAGAAGCCCUCUGACAACAGCAGCGCCAUCCUUCUGCACUGGCACGAAAAGGCUUUUGCUGCUGGGGGGCUGGGCUCCAUCGUUCGAGUUAUGACAUCCAGAAAGACGGUAUGACAGAUUGGAAAGUCCCGUAAAGAUACACCUCUGGGCAGGCAGCCGAAGACACACCGGCUUUCUCAGCAAAGGGAAAACACUGUCACUGAUUCUCUCGCAGCUAAUGAAGAGAAGAAACCUGUGAACUGUUUAGAGACGAAGUGAAACAGAGCUGUUCCUUAUCACUUGUGGAAACAGUAACAUGCUAUGAGGCCGGGAAGGGGUUGAUUUCUUACAAGCUACAAUAAAUUAUUUGAGUAUUUGAGAACAAAUAAGAUGUGAAGGUGUAAAAAAACGACAAAACCCUGUGCUAA